AUGUCAAUGGAAAAUUCUCAACCCAAAGAUGAAGAGCCCAUUCGCCCCGAAACUUCAAGUAUAUCUAUUGCGAUAGUGGGUGGCGGGGUCAUAGGGCUGAUCGUCGCCCAUGGCCUCCUACAAAUCGGCGUCCGGGUUACCAUAUACGAGCGUGCUUCCAAUUUCCACGAGGUCGGCGCAGGCAUAAGCUUCCCAAAAGUAGCCCGCGACUGCAUGACACGCUUGAGUCCCGCAGUCAUUGAGGCCAUGGAGCGCGUAGGCCUGCGGAACAACCACGAAUUCGACUACUACUGGGACGGAUAUCACACCAGACGCAACUCUGCCUCAUCCGACGCCGACCGAAACAUCAUUAAUGACACUGACCCAGAAGGAACAAGCUGCGAUCUUCUCUUCAAACGCACAAACCGCAAACUCGACUACUGGGGCUGCCUCCGCGCCGACUUUCUCGACAACCUCGCUGCUUCUCUUCCCCCUGAUGUAACACACUUCAACAAGCAGUUCACCGCUUAUACGGAUCCCUCCCCUUCUGCUGGACCAGUCACGUUACACUUCUCGGACGGCACCUCCGCAACAGCAGAUGCAAUAAUUGGCUGCGACGGCCUCCGCAGCCGCGUCCGCGCUCAACUGCUCGCUUCCACAGCACCAGAAGCCAUUCUGCCCACAUACUCGCACCAGCGAUGCUACCGCGCCGUAGUCGCGCGGUCCGCCACCGAAUCCGUAAUCGGGCAGGAAAAAGCGAGUCGUAGAUGCGCGCACAUCGGACCCGGAGCGCACGUAAUGAGCUACCCCGUCAACGACUCCCUAGUCAACCUGAUAUUCUUCCACGCCGACGCCAAUCCCUGGCCCCAUACUCGCCAUCUCACGCUCCCGGGGAAACGCGAGGAUAUUGUCAACGCGGUGGAAGGAUGGAGUAGCGCUGUGCGCGGGCUCGUGAGUUUGUUUCCUAAAGAGCCGCUUGUGUGGGGGCUUUUCGAUAUGUAUGAGCAUCCUGCGCCGAGUUAUGUGGAGCCAGGCCAAGGGGGGAGGGUGUGUAUUGCGGGUGAUUCGGCGCAUGCUAGUACGCCGCACCAUGGGGCUGGGGCUGCGAUGGGCGUUGAGGACGCGUUGGCGCUUACCACUGUUGUCAAACUUGUGGUUGAGAAGUUGGAGGUUGCUAGAACGGGAAGCGGAGACGAACGGGAAAGUCUGGGAAGUUUGAUGGAGGUUAAAGCUAAGUGUCUUGCUUCUGCUCUGAAAACUUUCAGCGAUGUGAGGUACGAGCGGAGUCAAUGGCUUGUGAAGAGUUCUCGCGAAGGAGGGUUGAUAUUCAAUUGGCGGUAUCCUGGGAGUAUGGAUGAUCCUGUUGAAAUUCAGAGGGAGUUGGACGAGAGACUCGAUAAGAUCUGGACCUUUGAUAUUGAAGGCAUGGUGGAUGAAGUGCGGAGUAGAUUUUCGGAUGCGUUUGAUGGGGUGAAAUGA